AUGCUCGCUAAAGUAUCUAUCAGGGGACCCUCAUCAGAACAGUUCAGUGUGCAUACGGGAGUUAAACAAGGCUGUGUUCUUACUCCUGUGCUUUUUAACAUCUAUCUGGUUGCUGUGACUCUUCUUUCUCGGCACUCUCACUACAACAGUCCCUGCAGUUCAUUGCAUCGAGCUUAUUCUUGCCUUGGUCUUGAUAUCAACCCAAACAAAACAGAGGUCAUUCAAACAGCGUUUAAACGACGUGAUCCAGCAGCUCAGUUGCACAUUGACAACCUUUCGUUGUCUAAUGUUAACUCAUUCAUCUACCUUGGCAGCGUCAUAUCCGAUAAUGGACACACUGAUGAAGACAUUCUCCGGUGGAUAAAUCUCGCCUCCAAUUCCUUCGGACGCCUGCGCCUUCGGGUAUUCUCUAAUAGCAACCACCGACUCACCACCAAAGUCGCUGUCUAUCGAUCUGUAGUUAGAACCCCACAAGGGAUCGGAUCGGCUGGCAGUCUCUCUGCGUCACCGAAGUGGCGCAUUUCGAGGAGAGACGGAGGAGCGCUCCGGGGAGGCGACGCCAGCGUCAUCUGUAACCUGCCAAUUCCGCACCGGGCAUGUUUUCCCUGCCACCUGAACUUGUCGUUCGCAGAUCGGGCUGCUAUCUCAUCAGAAGACGGACGGAGAUGGCGGGGACAGCGUUGUCGUCAGCAAUGA